ACGGGAAAGAUUUGCCAUAGCCCGUACGCAUAAGCGGCCCACGCUGCUAAUGUGUCUGUGUGCAACUGUCUCAUCAUUUUCUCCGUCAAACUGCUUCUUUCUUCCGAUCCAUAUGAGAUCCUCUGGCCCUAUAAGGUGAGUUUCGUAUUCCCGAUUGCCCGUUUUGCUUUUGCAGGAGUUCUUGUUUUUUAAUAAUUUAAUCCUGUUUUGGAAUGCUUUUCUUUAGUUUGUUGUUCGGAUAAUCUAUUACGAUCUUUGUUGUGUGAAAUUAUCUCAGAGCAAUCGGCAAUUGGGUGUUUCCAACUAAUUUGCCUGGUGUACUUCUUUCUGCCUUUUGUGUCUUGUUAAUUUGAAUUAAAAGCCGGCAUAAAAUUGGAUCUCAGAUGGGAUUUUGCUUAUCAUGUUUCUUUCUGGGUCUAGCUCUAAGAAGUGGUUCUGCACGGUUUGAAAUGUAAAAGAUACUAUCUGGGUUAUUAGCUCAUCCUCCAAAUUUGUAAUGUGCGGUGAAAUUAAUACUAUAUGAGAACAAUUAAAAAUGCAAGAGAAACGUGCUCAAUGAGAUCUGAAUUGAGUUAAAUUAUGGCGAUUGCCUUAUGAACUGGUUCUGCUUAAUAUGAAAUUGGCUUUUCAAACCAGUUAGUUGUCUCAUGCAAUUCAGAAAAUCUGCAUCCAGUGGAUGAUUAUGGGCUUAAUCAUUGAAGAAUUGAAUAAUUUUUAUCUUGCUUUUGGAGGCAAUCGUGCAGUAUGAUUCUGUGAAAUAGCUCAGCAAGGUUUUAUGUAUUUCUUUUUCUCACUUUUACCUUUUCAAUAUUUUAUUAUGUACUUCGAUCUUCUUCAGAAAUUCGCUACAAUCUGCUUUAAGUUUUUGUUGAAUGGGAUGAUAAUACUGUUUGUUUAAUUUUUUUGUUGACAUCAAAUGCAUUAUGGUUCAAGGGUUUUACUGGAUUAUCAAAAUGGCUCCUGCCAUAUUUCACCAAGCCAUGGGGACCAUGCUGGUCCGCAGAUUUGGGAAUGUUUCUGAUUCACAAUAUGAUUCUGGGAGUGCUUCUGUAAGAUUAAUCUCAAAUGGAUUUGGAGUCUAUCCUGGAUCAUUGAGGAACGGGAGCUCUAGCUCUGACUGGUGUACGUUGCAUGCAAUUCAAGUAUCUGGUUGUCGUAGUUCAGUGGUAGAUCCAAUUGUGAACCCCUUGCAGGGCACUGGCAACAAUUCUCAAAGCAAAUCAGAUGAAACUGCUUUGACAUUACUUCGGCAUGGUGAGUCAAUGUGGAAUGUGAAGAAUCUGUUCACAGGUUGUAUUGAUGUGCCUUUAACUGAGAAAGGGGUAGAAGAAGCAAUUGAAGCUGGUAGGAGAAUUAGCAACAUACCUGUUGACAUGAUUUUCACAUCUGCAUUAAUCCGUUCACAAAUGACUGCCAUGCUUGCCAUGACUCAACACCAUUGCAGGAAAGUGCCAAUCAUUAUGCACAAUGAGAGUGAAGAGGCAAACAGAAGGAGUUUAAUUUAUAGUGAUGAAACCAAGAAGCAAUCCAUUCCAGUUGUUACUGCUUGGCAGUUGAAUGAGAGAAUGUAUGGGGAGCUGCAAGGUUACAAUAAGCAGAAGACAGCUGAAAAAUAUGGAAAAGAGCAAGUGCACAAGUGGCGACGAAGUUAUGACACUUCUCCCCCCAAUGGGGAGAGCUUGGAAGUCUGUUCUCGAAGAGCUGUUGCUUAUUUUGAAGAACAGAUCAAACCACAACUAUUAUCUGGAAAGCACGUGCUGGUUACAGCCCACGCAAACUCAUUGAGGUCAAUCAUUAUGUAUCUUGACAACUUGACUUCUCAGGAGGUUAUAAGCUUAGAACUAUCAACUGGGAUACCUAUGCUUUAUAUAUAUAAAGAGGGGAAAUUUAUCCGGAGGGGAAGUCCUAUAGGACCUACUGAGGCUGGUGUCUAUGCUUAUUCUAGGAGCCUGGCACUUUAUAGGAAACAAUUAGAUGAAAUGUUGCAGUGAAUUUUCUUAAAAAGAACAGGGACUUGCCCGCUAUAUCCAUUUUCGAUGAUUGCUGGCUGGUAGCCUUUUUACUAGGUUCUAAUGUAAAUGAAGCCCUCAUCUGCAAGCUCACCAACACUAUUUAUAGGGUGGUUCUCUGUGGAUCUACGCUCUGCAGCAAACCAUGGCAGAUUUUCUUGAGGUUCUUCGUGUGAAGGGAAGGAUGGAGUUGGUGUUUGGGCAAUGGUAUUUGCAGUGACCAAGUGCAUAGUGAGAGAUAUGCAGUUUUGUAUUCUGUGGAUUCUUUAUUUAUACUUCAAAUAGGAUACUCCUUCAUGUCAUCAAAUGCACAAAACAUUCUUUCGGUCCAAGUGUCAGACUGCAAGCUGAAUUUGGAAACUCUUAAUGCAUAUAUAUAUCCUCAUAUUUGAGUUCUGAAA